AUGGAACCUGCCGUGGAGCUGCCGCAGUACAUCUUCUUCGACAUAUCCGGCACGGGCCUCGUAUCACUGCUACAGAACGGCGGAUGUUUGGGUACAGCUCCGGCCGUGGAGCACAUCGGCGUUCCGUUUGACACCCAGGUCUUGGGGUUGGAGGCGCUUCACCGGACGCGGCUGUGUCGCGCCGACCUCGCAACUCACCGGCCGGUGGUCAUCCAAGUUGGCACGGCGAUGACCACUUGUGAUCAUGUGCGAACCACUGACCCCGACGCCAUAUCGGACGCAGGCACGUCGGGGGUUCAGGCUGCCAUGGAGUCCGAGGACGAACUGGAUAGUUUAGGUGAGCUUUUCUUCGACGAGAGCUUUGCAGAGAAGAUCGAUGCGUUGGGUGAGCUGGUGGGUAUGAAGGGCACCUACGAGCCUGCGGCUGUGCCGGGUGAAGUUGUCAGGGUGCUCCAGGAGAUGAAUCGGAAGACGGAGCGUUCUGUAUGCACAACGAGGGCCGUCUGA